CAUUAAUUAGCCGACAACAAGAACGAAUCGUAAUGAGGUUUACAAUAUUCAUGGGAUGUCUAGCGCUAGUUUGGGGACAGCUGCCUCCAGAUAUAGAGAAGUGUCAAGCUGGCGAUGCCAUCUGCAUUGCAAAAACCAUCACCCACAUCUUGCAGUCCUAUUCCAAGGGAAUACCCGCCAUAGGACUCGAUGCCGUCGAUGCAAUUAGCUUUGAGAACGUCAUCGUUAGCCGGAAAGAAUCCUCAAAGUUGGACCUUAUGUUUCACACCCUCACUGUGAGAGGCUUUGAGAACACGACAGUGCUGGAUGCCAAGGGUUUCGAUGGAGAUUCGAUGCCGAGAGUCUUCGAACUGAGCGCCUUUACACCUCUACUACGACUCGAGGGGGAAUACGAGACCCAAGGCAUACUCCUAACGAUGCCCAUACAGGGUCGUGGACAGGCGUUGGUGGAACUUAAGGAUUGCCAGUUCCGCUGCAAGGUGAGGGUUGUGGAGGAGCAUCGUUUGGAUGGCAAACGUUACAUGGAAAUUCCAAAAGUGAAGUGUUUGGUGGAUGUUCAAAGCAUGCACAUCAACUUUGAGAAUUUGUUCAACAACAAGCAACUGAGUGACACCGUAAAUGAAUUGGCCAACAAUAAUUGGUUGGAAAUUUGGAAAACACUGCGAAAAGGCAUCAAUUCGGCGCUGGAUCAGGUGGCCGGAACAAUACUCAGAAGAGUGGCGAAUAAAGUGUCUUAUGAUGAUUUCUAUCAGUUGUAAAAUAUAUUUAUUAGAGGUACAUACUUGA